AUGAGCUCCACCGACAACAAUGACCACGAGAAGCGAGAGAAGCUCAAGGGCUUCGAAAACUGGCCUCGUUGGUCCAAUUUGGCCCAUUUACGUCUGAUAGAGAAAGAGCUAUGGAAAUACAUCGCCCCUGGUCCACCGAACGACCCAGAUAAUCACAGAGCCGCGAGAGCAGCCUAUAUCCUAAAGAGGGACGUAAGCGAUGAGCUGUUUCAGGGCAUUGAGGCUAUUAACAACCCACGGCUUAUCUGGAAUCAUCUCAAAUCCGUAUGCUCACAAGCCGGACAGGGCGUUAUCUACGCGUCCUUACGAGAGCUCUUCUCUCAUCCGGCCAAUUACAAACCCUUUGGCCUUGAGAAGUCUAUCAAUGCUCGCGUUAGCGAGCUAUCAGCUAUCGUCAAGCGGAUUCGUACAGCUGUCAACCCCACAAGGGACAUUUGGGAGGAUAUUCAGAUCAUUCAACUCCUUGAAGGCCUUCCUACCCAAUUCGAUAGCAAGAAGGAGCAUAUCCUCAAUCAGAAGGAUAUGAAGCUAGCUGACGUUCAACAGAUACUCGCUUCUGAAGAAGUACGAAUCAAUGCAGACCUUAAGACAGGCCUGCUAUCUGAAGUAGCUAUGAGCGUGAGAUUCAGGAGCAGGCAACGCAAGAACCUAGCUGAGAUCCAAUGCUAUAACUAUGAUGAACUCGGCCACUUCGCAAGGGACUGCAAACUAGCCAAACAGACUGAAAGAAGCACUAACAAGAGGAGAAAUACUACCGAGUCAAAGCGGCCAGCCUCCAAACGCUGCAUUAAUCAGGUGAAAGCCAAAAAUGGCACAGAUAGCGACUCUAAACAGCAAGAGUUCCCUCAUAGUGUUGUCUACGCAGUAAAGUCAACCAAGCUUAAUAAAGAACGUAAUUGGUAUAUCGAUUCCUGCGCCAGCAAACACAUCACUGGCCAGAGCAGUUGGUUCCAAGCACUAACAACUACAAACGAACGAUUUACUACUGCCAACGCCGGCACCAUCAUAGCCAAACAAGUUGGUACCGUCAGAAUUGAGACAGAAGACGGCUACGUGGACAUUAACGACGUAGCAUACGCGCCGGCCUGUACGAGCAACCUCUUAUCUCUCAGCCAAUUGAAGUCAAAUGGAGUGAAAUACGUGGAUAUGGACGACUAUAUGGCACUCGUUGUCAAUGAAGAAAUUGUCGCCUGCGUAACUCUCAAGGACAACCUUUUCGUACUCAAUAGCACCCACGCUGCUAUGCUGAUGGCCCAACUAUGGCAUCGUCGACUCGGCCACGCGAGCCAUGUUCGAGUUGCCCAAGCCAGCAGGAUGUCUACUGGCAUGGAUCUAGCCACUUCAGACACAGAUCAGGCCAUCUUCGAGCUAGAUCUGGCUAUUUCUGGAACAGAGCUAACCGAACAGCAAGAGGACGGUCAAAUCUGUGAGCCCUGCGUCAAGAGCAAGCAGACGCGGAUGAUUCAUCAUAAAGGAGGACAAAAGACCACAAGGAAACUCGAAUUGGUACACUCUGACUUGUGGGGACCUUAUUACCCUGCCUCCUUCCGCAGCAAGCACUAUGCUAUAGUGCUAGAGGACGACUUCACGAAGAAGAGUUGGAUAGGCUUCCUGAUACAGAAGUCAGAUGCGUAUGAGUACUUCAAGAACUAG